GAAGAAAAUGAGCUGCUGAAACCUGGGGCAAAUCUUGCCUUGUGGGGAGCCGCAGCUGUUGAGGUGUUGAACAACCCUGAUUCGCAAGGUACUGUAGGCCAUGCGGUCGAGAAAGAUGGUCGAGCUUUGAUUCAUGCAACGCCUGUUCUCAAAGAUCAGAAGGAGGUAGCUCUGAAAGCAGUGGCUGCUGAUGGCACGGCUCUGAUGUUUGUGUCAGAAGCCAUGCAGCGCGACAAGGAUGUGGUGCUUGCAGCGGUACGCCAAGAUGGAACUGCUUUGCGCCUGGCUGCUGAGCACUUGGCUGUUGACAAAGAAGUUGUCCUUGUGGCAGUCAGUCAGUGUGGACAAGCACUACGACAUGCUGCAGAUCAGCUUCGUGACGACAAGGACGUGUGCUUGGCUGCUGUGCAGCAGAGUGGGCGAGCUUUGAAAUACGUGUCCGAGAGAAUGCGCGAUGAUAAAGAUGUGGUGGAUGCUGCAAUUGAGAACACAACAGAAGCUCUUCCCUAUGUCGGGCCCGAGUUGAAGGAGGAGUGGGAGAACGUUCUAACGGAGAGGUGGAAGGCAGCUGGCCUUCACAUUGAGAGACGGUAUUUUGAUUUUGACGAGCUCGAUGAGGAGGAAAUUUGCCGACCGGCAGGAGUGGCGGUGUCUCCAGACAUGCAGCCGAAGCAAAGGCUCUCGGAGGGUAUGGUGACGCUGCAAGUUGUUGCUGCUAUGACUGGUGGAGAGCUGUGCAAGUUGCUCAAUGUCGCCAUGAGCACCACCAUAUGGGAUAUCAAGGAGCGGAUUGAGCACGUGGAAGGGACAAAGCUGAACGCGCAGAAGCUGCUUGGAGCCGAUGGCAAGGUUGCACAAGAUGACUCCAUCCUUGCAGAUGUCAUAGACUGCACCAAUCCUGUGCUCAGCCUUAUCCGGUCACCUCCUGUUUGGGCUGGAUUGCUGGAGCACAUUGCGGCCGGAGAGGUUCAACUUGAGGAUUUGGAUGAUGGUGCCCGUGGUGAUCGAUGCCUCGUGCUCGCAGCGGUGCAUGCAAGUCAAGGCCGGGCGCUGGCUCAUGCAUCCGUCGCGCUGCGUGGCGAUAAGGACAUUGUGACGGAGGCUGUCAAACGGAAUGGGCUUUCGUUGCGGCAUGCCACACCAUCGAUGCGUGCCGACCGUGACGUUGUUUUGGCAGCCAUUCGCGAGUGCCCCAUGGCAUUGGAGUUCGCGAGCGACCUGCUGCGAAAAGAUCACGACUUCAUCGUGACAGCUGUACGUGUUUCAGCGCGAGCUGCUGGAUGUGUGACCGAGGAGCUGCAAAAGAACUCGUCCUUUGCGGGGGAGCUGCUGUCUGCCUUCCCGGCCGUUUUCGCACACUUACCGCCAGAGCUGCGAAGCUCACAAGAGUUUGUGUUGCGUGCAGUUCGUCGCAAUGGUGACGUGCUGCGCUUUGCGGCCGGAUGGCACUCUCACCCAGAGGUUGUCCUGACAGCCAUACAGAAGGCACCACAGGCCGUUCACUUUGUGGAGGCUUCCUUGCGUCAAAGAGCUGAGUUUGGGACGGCAGCCGUGAUGGCUAAUCCGUGGGUAUUCGAACAGCUUGGUUCCCUACAUCGGAAUGAUCUUGCUCUGGCGAUGCAAGCCGCAAGAGCACAGCCAGCAUUGGCGCACUUCGCCGGUGAGCACAUCAAGGGUGAGGUGCUGGUUCGCAUCAAGAAGGAGCAGUCAGAAGCCUUCGGGGCCCCAGAAGGGUACGUGGACGGCCCAGUGUGGUGGCUGCCAGAGACACUGAAGCAGAAGCCAGCUGUGGAGAAAAAGCUGUCACCAUCUGAGCGGCGUGAGCUCAUAUCGCAGCUGAAGCGCCGAGGGUCCACAGUUGACAAGGAAGCACUUUCAGAACGGCUGCUGUAUGCAGAUGGCACGUUAACCAGCAACGUAAAGGACUUGAUGGUGGGAAUCUCUGCUCUCAAAGAUGCUGGCGCAUGGUAUUCUGCCCUCAACGUCCUGGUAGGCUUGGUGGAGAUGGAGGUAGCUUUAGACUUGCCUCUUGUGAACUGUGUGAUGUCUGCCUGCAAGAAUCGCGGGCACGAGCUAGCACAGCAACUCUUCUCCAAGUUUGUGGUGUCGGCAAAGCUGCGGCCGGAUGCAAACACUUUCCGUUGCGCAGCUUUGUGCUGCAGAGAAGAUGAGUGGUCCAGCGCCCUGCAGUGGUUGGGAAGGGCUAAAGAAGAGGCCGUUACGAUGACAGGAAUCUACGUGGCCGUGAUGAGCGUGUCCCGCAGGGCAAGAUGCUGGCAAGCAGCGUUUCCUUUGCUGCAGGAUAUGCAGCAGGUGCAAGAGGCGCCAGACAGAAAGUUCUUCAACUCGGCGCUGUGGUCGUGCAGUGCUGGACAAUGGGAGGUCUGUCUGCACUUGCUGCAUCGAAUGGAAGUAGCUGGUGUGCCGAGCGAGCCAUUCACAUAUUUCGCAGCUGCACAGGAGAUCGCAGACAAGUCCACCGCUGCCUGCAUGGUGCAGCAGCUGCAACGAAUGCGGGAGCAUUCCCUCCGUGUCGACAUCUGCCAAUUUGCAAAAAUGCUAGCGCACUACGCUAGUGAUGCUGAAUGGCCUGCUACAAGGCAGGCUGUGUUGGAACAUGGAGGCUUCUUAUUGCCUUCGCGGCGUUGCUUGACGCACACUUACGACGAAGAUAUCAGUUGGUACGGAGCACAUGUGCAGGCUUCCAAGAAUUUGACCAGGCAAUGGCUUGAAUCCUUCCCCGCUCAGACGCAGUACAGUGACUGGCGCAGGCUGCGAAAAAGCUUAAAGAAGUCCGGACGUCCCACUGAAGAGUCGGACUAUUCUGACCUGGGUGCCCAUGCUGGAUACAUCCGAAACAAGGUCUUUGAGAAAGCUCGAUGUGCCCAACUGGCCUGUGUGCUUUUUGGCCCAGAAGCUUUCACAUGUGGCCUUCAAGAGAAGGAGUCUUGCGUUGUGGUUGAUAUUGGUGGAGGUCCUGGCAUAGCAGCACUAGGACUUUCCAUCUACGCUGCUCUGGAAGGAUGGCCAGUGCAUCUGAAGCAUCAUGUCGUAGACUGUGAAAAUGCAUGGUACGGCACUCUUCUUCGCCUUCAGAAUGUGCUGCGGCAGAACAGCUUGAGCAGCUUGACCGGUGUCCGCACGGAUUUGUACUUCCAUCAAGGCCAGCUGCUCAGCAAGACCCUGGCAGAUGGAAUGCCGGCUCCGGGCGACACAGACCUCUUCCUCUUCUCGUAUGUAAUGCAUGAGAAUGUCGAAGCAUUACGCUCAACCAACUUCGGGCUGCUGCCAACGCUGCUAGAGGCAGCGCAGUCGGACACCAUCUUCCUGUUCCUAGAUGUUGAGGACACCCUUUGGUCUGAAAUUGUGAUGCUGGCCACCUCUCUGGGGAGGUUCAAGAUACAGCUACAGCAGUUUCGAAAAGACGAAUAUUGGCUCGUACUGCAAAAAACAAGUGCGGCUUGCGCACCUGAACUUCUGCAUUGCUACAUCAGACCGGUUGCAUGGCAAGUUGCAUGA